AUGCUAUCACUUAAUUUAACAAAAAAUAGAAAUUUAGUUUUAAGGGAUAAAUUGAUAUAUUCUGAAUUUACUUCUCCAUUUUUCAAAAUUCUUCUAGUGGGAAUUCUGCUGACACCGUUCACUACAGAUGUCCAAGACUCUUGGUCUUCACUUGACUCAAGCUUUUCUCGACUCAAGACUUUUCUUGGGUCUUCUUCGGUCUUGGUCAUUGGGGUGUGGUCUUGGUCAUGGUCUUGAAUCUUGAGUCUUGGAAAAUUUUCGUUCUUGGACAUAUCUUGGACAUCUCUAUAAAGCGAUUUUACGUUGAUCCUUGCUAAGUAAUUAUUUUCUGUAUCCAGUAGACUCUUCAGAAUCUUUUCCUUCCUAUAUC